UCUGAAAGUACUUGUCCCCUGUUUUGGUGUCGGCGACAUCAUUCCAUCAUACCUUAAGUAUACAGACACCAAGUGCAUAAGUGCAUAUAAGUGCAUUCAAUAUUUUGUGUGAUAAUAAAGAAAAACUGAUAAUUGACUAGCCAUGAGUAAGCGACAUGGAUUAUCGAAAGAAGAAAUUGCGAAGCAAUUUAUGCUGCCGGAGCGAAAGAGCAAAAUAGCGACAUUAUUAAAACAGGAUGGACAAGCAUAUUGCAUCUGCAGGAGUUCUGACAGCUCUCGUUUCAUGAUAGGAUGUGAUGCCUGCGAAGAGUGGUAUCACGGCGACUGCAUCAACAUCACAGAACGUGACGCAAAGUAUAUAAAACAGUUUUUCUGUGUGAGGUGCAGAGAAGAAGAUCCUUCCCUGGUAACGCGUUACAAACCCCGAAGAACGGAGCAGGACGACAGAAAGUUGAAGAAAUACAAAGAAAAAGAGAGGACUCACCGAUACGAGCACGACGAUGCCUGGGACACGACGAUAAUAAAAAAAUCGUCAAAGAGAUGUGGCGAUUGUACGGGAUGUCUGCGUACCGAGGACUGCGGGAGAUGCGAUGCCUGCAGACACCUCAAGAAAUUCGGGCCCUCGGUGAGACUGAAGCUGCGCUGCAUCCAGAAGACCUGCAGAACCGUGGGAAUUCCCCUGAAACCCUCCAAGAGUGUCAACCGCAGCGACAAAUCCAGCAAAAAACGUAAGAGAGACUCCAGCAACGAGAGAAUCGACUUCCUGGAGCCCCCGAAGCAGUGCUAUGGGCCAGCCUGCACCAAGCAAUCACGUCUGGGCUCAAAAUACUGCUCUGACGAUUGUGGAAUGAAGCUAGCGACCAACAGAAUUUAUCAGGUUCUACCCCAGAGAAUCCACGAGUGGUCGUUAACGUCGUGUGUAGCUGAGAUGAACAAUAGACGUGCCCUGGAAUCCGUGAGAAAGCAACAGCACGAGGUGAGGAGAAUUCUCCAGGAGUUGGACAGACGUCACUUGGAGCUGGAUCGAAUCGUGGAGAGAGCAAAGAAUGCCUCGACCGAUCCCAACUAUGAGGUGGACGAUAAUGAUGACACUGAGAUGAGCAUGUACUGCAUCACAUGUGGUCACGAGAUAAAUUCACGUACAGCUAUUAAACACAUGGAGAAGUGCUUCAAUAAAUACGAGUCCCAGGCCUCCUUCGGCUCCAUCUUUAAAACCCGUAUCGAGGGACAGGUAAUGUUCUGCGAUUUUUACAAUCCUGUCAAUCGCACCUACUGCAAACGUCUUCGUGUCCUCUGCCCCGAGCACUGCAAAGACCCCAAGGUCAGCGAUACCGAGGUCUGUGGCUGUCCCUUGGUCACCAAUGUUUUUGAUUCAACAGGCGAUUUCUGUCGAGCCCCGAAGAAACACUGUGUAAAGCACUACGUGUGGGAAAAACUCAGACGAGCUGAAAUCGACAUGGAGAGGGUCAGACAGUGGUUAAAAAUCGAUGAGCUCGUAGAGCAGGAGCGACAGAUCAGAGCCAGCAUGGCCAAUCGAGCUGGGGUUUUAGCCUUGAUGCUUCAUUCGACUUACAAUCAUGAAUUGAUGGAGCAAAUGACGCAGGAACAGAACAGGGAACACAGCAAGGCUAAUCAAGAGGAAUUGCAAAGACGCAGCAGACAACUUCGGCUAGAAAUGGAUAAGCACGUGUAAAUAAUUUUUUGUAUGGGGUUGACUGUUAUCAAUA